AAAAUAACUUUUGGGUGCCUUGAUUGGUUGCAGGAUGAGUUUGACAAACUCAGGCCCCUCUGCUACACCAACACGGACAUCUUUCUUCUGUGCUUCAGUGUGGUGAGCCCCUCAUCCUUCCAGAACGUCAGUGAGAAGUGGGUGCCCGAGAUCCGACGCCACUGUCCCAAAGCCCCCAUCGUCCUCGUUGGAACUCAGUCGGAUCUCAGAGAAGACGUCAAAGUCCUCAUUGAGCUGGACAAAUGCAAAGAGAAGCCGGUCCCUGAAGAGGCAGCUAAGCUGUGCGCCGAGGAGAUCAAAGCCACCUCCUACGUCGAGUGUUCGGCCUUGACUCAGAAAAACCUCAAAGAGGUCUUUGACGCGGCCAUUGUCGCCGGCAUUCAGUACUCAGACACUCAGCAACAGCCAAAGAAGCGCAAAAGCAGGACUCCUGACAAAAUGAAAAACCUCUCCAAGUCCUGGUGGAAAAAGUACUGCUGUGUCGUAUGAUGUUGGCAAGAAACCCGGAAAAGGCAGUUUUUAGAUGAAGCCGAUAUUAGAAGCUAUAUUAGCUGACGUGACUCCUUUUAUUGUGUAGAACCUGGAGAGGAAACGCAUGUGUAUGCGUGUAACAGGUGGAGCUCUCAGUUUACGUAUUCUUUCUUGCCUUCGACGUUUUUGUUUGUUUCAGCUUAGGGACCAGCCAAUUUGCAAGAUAUUUCUGAAGGGAGUUGAGCAAUGUUCCUAACUCUGGAAAAGUAGAGCUCCGAGACCUCGGGAUUAAUUUAUAGCUAAUAUGAAAGAGACCCGCUUGGAUGUGGGUGCCAAGGGUGCGACUUGGCUGCGUUAUGAUGCGCAGAAGGACCAACGGCGAAAUGGUGUGGUCGACCCUCCCUUGAUUAAGGGCUACUCGAUGCAAGGACGUUCCGUACGUGGGCCGGCCAGGGAGCACCCGUCGGAAUUGCGUUUCAACGUCCACGCUUACAUUGUCCCGCCUGCAGGGAAGUGAACAUUCUUGAAGGGCCUGCAGCAAAUGUUUGUAGGAGACAAAAUGACCUUUAUUUCCCUUAAGUCAGCCAAAAUGUGUACACACACACGCACACGCACACGCGCACGUACGUACGGCUAUAUUUGCUGCUGAUUCAGACUUUUAAACGGUUAAUGGGAAAAAGCACGGCCACGAAGAAACAGAUAUGAGGGAAGCUCAGGUUCCUGCUUUUGUGACUUUUUUGAACAGCUCUCUUUUUGAUGAUACCCUACUCAGAGAUGGGAUUUUAACUACGUCCCGACGCAUCUUUGAGGCCACCUGAAAACCAAACGUGAACAACUCUUGAAACCUGUUUUAAAAUGGGUGUCUCUUGAAACCCGUUACGACAACCAGUGAAGUCCACAGAUGCCUUUCAGGGACCUGGCAGCAGGGCCCGGCGCUGUGUGUCACCGGGCUCGUGGGGCUGGUCUGCUGCGGCCGGCCGGGGGGCGGUGGGGUGGGGGUGGGGGGGGUGGACCACAGCCCCCUCGCGAAGCUGCAUCCUUCCUGUGGGACAGCCAGAAAACCAUAUGCUUGUGAACCAUUUGUGUUCUUCAAGGUGGCAGAUUUUUAGAGCUUAGUCUUCUGGAGAAAACAAGUGCCGUAUCAGAAGAAUAGUUUUCCUUUUGUGAUGGCGGUGCUUCCGAAGUGCCAAAAAAGGUAGCCUGACGCGUUGAAUUAUCACGUCCGGCUGCAGUGGGUGACACAGAUUCACCAAAGUCGGCUCAAAAACUAGGGAAAAGCUCUGCAGAGCCAGCGGAGAGAAGCGUCUCCUCUUUCCGUGGGUCUUGCGUUGUCUUUUUUAUAUUUAACAAAACUAAUUUGUGUUUUUCUAUGGAAGAAAUAAAAGAUCGGGACGGGGUUUCUUUCACCUCUGUUAGUAAAUCAAAUUAACGGAUUUCCUUGUUUGAAAAUUAAAACACAGGGGUUGUUCGC